AUGUACCACCGCGCUCUAAAGAGCUCUUUCCUACUGCGGCCACGCGCGGCCGCCCCGCUUCAAGUGGCGCGGGCGUCGGCCAUGGCGCUGCCCACGUCGCUCGAGCGUCUCUUUGCCAACAACAAGAAGUGGCGCGAGGGCAAGAAGUUGCUGGACCCGGACUACUUUGACAAGACGUCGCAGGGGCAGCACCCGCAGUAUCUGUGGAUUGGCUGCUCGGAUUCGCGCGUACCUGCCGAGGAGAUCACGGGUCUUGCUCCGGGCGAGAUGUUUGUGCACCGCAACGUGGCGAACCUCGUCGUGAGCAACGACAUUAGCUCGCUCUCGGUCGUGCAGUACGCGGUGGAGCACCUCAAGGUCAAGGACAUCAUCGUGUGUGGUCACUACGGCUGCGGUGGCGUGCACGCUGCGGUGGAUAACAAGGACCUGGGACUGCUGGACAACUGGCUGCGCAACAUUCGGGAUGUUGUCCGUCUUCACACUGCUGAACUGCAACAAAUUGACGACCAUGAGCAGCGCAUGCGGCGGACGGUAGAGCUCAACACCAUUGAGCAGUGCAUGAACGUGUUCAAGAUGGGUCUGGUGCAGCGCCACCAGGUCAAGUACGGCUUCCCGCGCAUCCACGGUCUUGUCUACGACUUGAAAAACGGGGAACUCAAUGAAAUGGAUAUUGACUUUGACGCGUAUGUUCACAAGUACCGAUCCAUCUACAAGCUGCACGAGUUCCCAUCUGAACCGGCGCUGCGUCGAUCCCAACUGCAGGGCAACAUGAUUCGGUCGCUGGUCAAGGGCCACGCCGAAGCGUCGGGCUGCGUGAGCGUCGAAUUUGUCAAGCACGCCAUGUCUGGGGAGCCGAUUCUCUUUAGUGAGACGGAGAUCAACAGCGCUGUCGCCAGGGCACAGGAAGGCGAGAGUGACUGCAGCAUUGUCGACGUUGAGAAGCUUGUUUGGUACUUUGACCACUGA